ACCGGGGUGGCGACACAAAGUCUGCAACGCCCAGAUUGAUAUCCCUUCUGGUUUCCUUAUCAGCUUAUCGAUUUCAUCAGCGCUACUUUCGGAAGACGUGAGACAGGGAUUUGUGAGCCUCGGGAUGACGACGUUUAAAGUGAAGCUCGCGCGAUUGGGUCCAACUUGCGGUCUUUCACCUUGUCAAUGUCAUCAUUUUUCUAUGUAAACCCUCGGCCAAACUCAUCGGCAACAAAAAUCGGAUAAAAUGUUACUCAUUGGCCUCACUGGGUCCAUCGCGACCGGAAAAUCCACUGUUUCCUCAGUUCUCUCGUCAGCUCCAUACUCCCUCCCCGUCAUCGAUGCGGAUAUUUUAGCGCGCAAGGUUGUCGAACCCGGCACGAGCGGUUACAACUCCAUAGUAAAAUAUUUUGGCCCUACGACGCCUGAAUUGCUCGUCCCUCCUUCAAAUUCCAUGCCCGAAAAUGGCGUUGACGGCAAAGGCAGACCCCUCAACCGACCUGCGCUUGGCAAACGUGUCUUUGGGGACAGCGAGGAGAGAAAGAAGGAUCGUGCUGUGCUCAAUAGCAUUGUGCAUCCCGCCGUAAGGAACAGGAUACACAAGCAGAUAAUUUGGUUUUAUCUCACGGGAAACUGGGCUGUGGUCUUAGAUAUCCCCCUGCUGUUUGAGAGUGCCCUGGAUAGGAUGUGUGGUGUAGUCAUGGUGGUCGCCGUGCGGGAUCCUGAAGUACAGAUGAAGAGGCUGAUGGACCGUGACUCGCAUCUCAGUCAUGAAGAUGCGCAAAAUCGCGUUUUGAGUCAGACUGAUGUGCGGCUGAAAGCAAGGAGGUGCGAAGCACGAGGGAAAGGGAAAGGUGUGGUGCUUUGGAAUGAUGGGUCGAAGGUGCAGUUGAAGGCAGAUAUUGAGGCUGCCAUCCAAGAAAUGCAACGAAGCAGCCCAGCGUGGUGGAACUACAUGCUGCUACUAUGCCCUCCUCUGGCCAUCGCUACUGGUGCGUGGACGGCUUGUCAGAAUAUACAAAUUAACAAGGUCUGGAGGGAGAUGGAGACGAGGGAAAAGGCAAAACUAUGAGGGGCAUAGUUUCUGUUCUCACAUAUCAUAUAUAGUACUCAGGAACUGGCCUGAUAAUUCUGCUAUCAAUUUUCUAUCGUGGAUGCCGUUUAUGGAAUGCGACACAUAGUUAGUAGAUGGUGACGAAGUUGGGAAUCUUCAUUUCUUCCAAUCAGGCCGGGGAUUGGAAACAUCCA